AUAAAACUGGCUGGGUGGUUUCUUAUCAUAGCGACGCUCUUCGUUGGCGUCUUUAUAGGAUGGUAUUUUCACGUCUUCGUUUCUAAACGUAAACUGUCCAAUGUUAACCGCCUUUCAGUUCGAGCUUCGAAAAUUCAGGUGUGACGUCAUCACUUACCAAGCCAAUGAUGCGGAUCUGACUUGUGAUUCUGGUGACUAUAAGAUGGUGAUAGUAGUUCGAACUGAUCUGAAGAUGGGAAAAGGAAAGAUUGCGGCACAGUGUUCACAUGCUGCAGUUGCUGCAUAUAAGAGUUUGCUGAGAUACAAUACUGAGUUGCUAUGUCACUGGGAAAACGCUGCUCAGCCAAAGGUUGUGCUAAAAGCUUCGAACGAAGAUGAACUCAAUCAACUUGCCAUUCAAGCACAACAGGCUGGGUUAGAGUCACACAUCAUACGAGAUGCAGGUCGGACGCAGAUUGCUCGCGGAUCAAAGACGGUUGUUGGCAUCGGUCCAGGUCCAGCUAGUGUCGUGGAUCGAGUGACAGGAUCUCUAAAGUUAUUGUAGGUCAUCUUUGAUUAACAUUAGUUUAUUGUUUGUUUCUAUUGUGGAAAUACAAAUGGCAGCAGUUAUUGUA